UCUCUUAGCUUAUGAUACCGGGCUUCUGCAUGGCCCCAUCGCAUGUUUGUUCUUCUUGGUCCUGUUCUUCUUCUUCUUCUUCUUCUUCUUCUUCUUCUUAUGACCUGGAUGCAUAUGAGUCUUAAACUCUGUUUUAUAUGUUCACUUUCCCCGUCAUUGCUCUGGAGUUUCGAUGUGUUCCCCGCUGGCAGUGGGGGAGUUUUGUUGGUAGCGUACAUAUCGUCACAUGGUAAAUCUACUUCCGAUGGAACAGACGCUUCAUCAUAGGUACUUCAUUGAUGACAGAUCUAAAUAACACA